AAACCGGAAGUCAGUCAUCAGUAAUUCAUCGCAUGGAUAACAUAUGGUGAGAACCCUGAGGAUGGCUGAAAGUGAGGCUUUUAUGAGUCUUGAGGAGGUCUCCACCCAUUCAAACUGUGAGGAGCACUCAGGAGCAGAUGAUUCCAGUCCUGUACCUGACACUAACAACCUGUCUGCUACUCAGCGUGAACUCCUGGAGCGCAGUCUUCAUGCACUCACUCAUGCCAAAAAUGACAGCCACAUUUUGGCAGCACUUCUCUUGAUAACACAAUUGUGUCCAGCCAGUCAGCUGGACAAGGUAACCUUGCAUCGCAUCUUUGAAGCAGUGGGUUUCAACCUGCCUGCCCGCCUGCUGGUAACCGCUGUCCGGGGGAGUGAGGGCUCUGAGUUGCCCCCUGCAGAUCUGCUGUCUCUGGGCACGGCCCUGCUAGCCGGUCUUAGCACGGACCCGGACAUGGCCACCCAUCCUCAGAUGUUGACCACCAUCCCUCUCCUCCUGGGCUUGCUGGAAGGAGAUAUGCCAGUCAGCAAGACACAAGUCCAGAGCAAGGCUGGGUUACGGAGUGGGAAUGAGCCAGGCAUGGUCCCUGCCUCUAACCUGGAUGAGGCAGUCGCAGUUGACUGCUACCAGGUUCUCAACACUGUAUGUGCCCUCCCACGAGGCCCAGAUCAGCUGUUGGCGCGUGGUGCAGUCCCUGCUCUGUGCACAGCCGUGUUUAAAAAGCAGACUCUCAGCCGUGAGAAAGGUCUUCCGCUCCUGGCUCACCUCUUGUCUGGCCAUGUUGGGCAGCGUGCUUGGAAAAAACACCAACCAGAACUCUCCUCUCUCCUUGUUGGCAUCGCCGAGGACUUCAGCCAAGCUCCAGAGCAGGACAGACUGGAGAUGUGCUCAUGGAUACCGCAGUUCCUCCCACCACUAGGAGGGGAGGCACAUACCCAAGAGCUUAGGGAUGUGGUUACUAGGCUGUGGGAAACAGUACAUCCAAUGAUGCAAUGUAAGCUUGGUGCACAGCACCUGGGCCAAGUCCUGGUGCUGUCUGCUUGUCUGCUGGACUUAUCUGGAUGGGAACCCGCAGGCUCGCCUAAGUUCUGCUGCCUACUGGUGAACCGAGCAUGUGUGGAGGUGAGGAUGACUCUGGAGGAGCCACCAGGGACACAGCUCUCCCUUCAGCAGCAACAGGUGCUCACUGCUUGUUUCCGGAUCAUGGAGGCAGCUAUGGAGCAAGCCUGCAGCCAGGGGGCUAGCCGCAGUCCUGCCCAGCCAGGAACUGCCAUUGCUGAGUUGAGUCUGCAGCAGAGCAGGCAGGUCUUGGGGGUUCUAGAGGAAGCUUUCUCUGCAGUCAUUUACUACCUGCAGCAGGUAAACCCAAGCCAAUAUGAUGAUCCCUUCAUUUUUGCCACAUUCCGCGCUCUUUGCGUGUGGCUAGCUGAGGAAACCUCAUGUCUAAAGCAGGAGGUCACUGCCCUCUUGCCCCUCCUCAUUGGCUAUGCCAAACAUCACCUACAAGAGAGGAAAGAUGAAGGGCUGGCUGACUGGAUGUCAGAGGUGUCUGUCAAUGACAGUUUACAAGCAGGAACAUGGACAGGAGAGGAUGUCCUGAGAUAUCUUCUCCCAGCCCUCUGCCACCUGUCUGCUGAAGAGGAGCCAAGGAAGGUACUCCUCUCCCUGGACACGCCUGCCUUGCUGGUGGCCUUCCUCACUCGUGGCUGGACUGCCCUGAGGACUCGUAGUGGGAAAACAGUAACCAGAGAUCCCAGCCUGGAAACAGCCUGCUCCACCCUGCUUAACUUCACAGUCACAGAGCCUGACCGAGUCAGGACUGACACUUGCUUCGCCUCCCUUGAGGCACUACUAAGUGAAGCACUUCCUGUGCUCUUCUAUAAACCAUGCCUCUUGGUCCUAGCAGCCAAUUUUUGUACUUUGGGGCUCAUGAUUGGCAGACUGAAAACAACCAUCACAGGAGGAGAAGGGGAUCAUGCAGCAUCCAUGUGCACCACAGGUCCGGUAGAGAGCGGACAGCGGCAGUUCUUCUCCGCUGCCCUACGGUUCCUCCUCGGGCCACUGCAGGUGGGUGAGGGUAGCGGUCCAGCCCGAGUCAGCCCAGCGUGGGAGCAGUGGUGGGAAGAGGCAGGCGACCUCUGGAGGCUCGGCCUGCAGGCCCUGGGCGGCUGCGUGAGCACACAGCCCUGGAUAGCCACCCUCUCCAGGGAGGAAGGCUGGCUGCAGGACACCCUGAGCCUGCUGGAGGCCAGCAGUAGCCUCCCAGACCCCCAAUCCCAAGAGGCACUAGAGGAGGCACUGAGCGCCAUUGCACAGAAGUGCCCGCUCUGCCGCCAAGAUAUAACUGCCUGCAUGAAAAGAGCAGACAGGAGCUCACUCCACCACAUGGCCCAGCUGAAGAGGCUGCUCAAGGACUAAGAUCACAUUGCCUUUUCAUCUACUGUGUAUACAUCUUUUGAUGAGAUGCACUGUUGAGACAGUUAUUUUCCCCUGAGUGGCAUAUUAUUUUCUAAAAUUGUAUUUCUGUAGGUUUUUUUUUCUUAUGUUAAAACUGAAAUAAAAUAUUUUUUGGUGAA